AUGGCCCUCCUCUGCAACUUGCAGCCACUCGCAGCCGCAUUUCAUAUACGCCAGAGAAAAUUGCAAAUUAAAGAUCGCCAUCGUUUAUAUCCCCGUUUCAAUCAAGAAAAAUCCCAAUUUGCCGUUUGUCCGAGAUUCCAUUAUAUCCUACCAGUAAAAUCAGCUUCAGUUAAUGGAUACCCCAUUAACAAAGAAGACGAUCACGGCCUUCCAUUGAUUGAUAGUGAGAGAAUAGAGUUGAGCGAGAAGCUGAAGAAAUGGGUUCAGUUUGUGAGAGAAAUCUUGCCCGGUGGAAACUGGUGGAGGCUCUCAUCAGAAGGCGUUGAUAAUGUCAUUUCGGUAAAGCCCGUGACUGUUUUGCGGGCCCUUAGAAAAAUGUGGGAGUUGAUUGCCCAGGACAGAUGGGUUGUAUUUACUGCGUUUGUUUCACUCAUUGUCACCGCGGUUUCCGAGAUUGCAAUCCCGCAUUAUCUGACUGCAUCAAUCUUCUCUGCGCAAAGUAGUACAAUCACCCUCUUUCACAAGAACGUGCGCCUCUUGGUUAUACUGUGUAUCACUGCUGGAAUAUGCAGUGGAAUCCGAGGUUGCUUGUUUGGCAUUGCAAAUAUGAUCCUCGUCAAGCGACUGCGGGAAAGAUUGUACUCAACUCUUCUUCUUCAGGAUAUUUCCUUUUUUGACUCAGAAACAGUUGGUGAUUUGACGAGUAGGCUGGGUUCAGAUUGUCAACAAGUCUCUCGUGUGAUAGGAAAUGAUCUAAACCUGAUAUUGCGCAAUGUGCUUCAGGGUUCAGGUGCUCUGGUUUACCUUCUCAUUCUUUCAUUGCCACUUGGAUUAUGUGUACUGACAAUUUGCAUCUCUCUCUCAAGCAUUAUGCUGAUAUAUGGCCAGUAUCAAAAGAAAUCUGCUAGGUUAAUUCAGGAGUUCACUGCAUCUGCCAAUGAAGUAGCAGAAGAGACAUUCUCUUUGAUGAGAACUGUACGGGUUUAUGGGACAGAGCAACAAGAACAUGGAAGUAGGUAUGAGCAAUGGCUAGAAAGAUUAGCUAGCAUAAGCUUGCGACAAAGUGCUGCUUAUGGACUUUGGAACUUCAGCUUCAACACUCUGUAUCACUCAACACAGGUUAUUGCUGUGCUGAUAGGAGGAAUGUCUAUUUUGAGUGGACAUAUAACAGCCGAGCAACUUACUAAGUUCAUUUUGUACAGCGAAUGGCUAAUCUAUUCAACAUGGUCGGUUGGGGAUAAUUUAUCAUCAUUGAUGCAGUCAAUUGGAGCAAGUGAAAAAGUCUUUCACCUUAUUGAUCUUCCACCCAGUGACCAGUUUACUGCAAAAGGGUCAAAGUUGCAUACGUUGAUGGGACAAGUUGAAUUUGUGGAUGUAUCCUUUCAGUAUCCUUCCAGAACUGAGGUGCCUGUUCUCCAGCAUUUCAAUAUAGCUGUGCAUCCUGGAGAAGUAGUCGCAAUUGUGGGUCUUAGUGGUAGUGGGAAAAGCACCUUAGUGAACCUUUUGCUCCGUCUUUAUGAGCCAACAAACGGCGAGAUACUGAUUGACGGCUACCCAAUGAGAGAACUGAACAUCCAAUGGUUAAGAGAAAGGAUUGGAUACGUUGGACAGGAGCCCCCACUCUUUCGCAUGGAUGUCAGUUCGAACAUAAAAUACGGUUGUCCUCGAGAUGUUAGUCAACAGGAUAUUGAAUGGGCUGCAAAACAAGCUUUUGCACAUGAAUUUGUCUCAUCCCUGCCACAUGGCUACCAAACACUGGUUGAUGACGAUUUGCUUAGUGGGGGUCAAAAGCAGAGGAUCGCAAUUGCAAGGGCUAUUCUUAGAGACCCUACCAUUUUGAUACUUGAUGAAGCCACGAGUGCUUUAGAUGUAGAGAGCGAACAUAAUGUCAAGGGUGUACUCGGUGCUGUGAAAAGCGAUUUUGUAACCAAGAGGACAGUCUUCGUAAUUGCACAUAGGCUAUCAACAGUUCAAACUGCGGACAGAAUAAUAGUGAUGGAUGGUGGCAAAAUCAUUGAGAUGGGCAACCACAUGGAGCUCCUAGGGAAGGACGGGCUAUAUGCACGUUUGAUCAAAAGACAUUCCGAUGUUGUUGUCUGA